AUGGCCACUCCUCCGAUUCCCGCCAACCGCCUUAAGCAGAUCGCUACCGAUGCCUGCAACAGUGCUAUCGGCAACGCUGAGUUCUACGACCACGCUAAAACUGAGCAAUGGAACUCGACAAUCAUUAGCUCCGUGCUGAAGGCUGUCAUCUCCGAGUCCACUCCCGAGGGCGCUUCUGCUCCUUCUUUCAAGUUCGCCUGCAACAGUACCAUCGUGCAGCAUCUCGUCCCUACAUCCGCCCUGAACAAGGCCCGUGGCGGCACCGAAACCCAGUCGCAGGAGCCUCACAUCUCCACCAGUUCCGAAGCUACUGCCACCGAUGGCAAGCCUCACGUCGGCCGACGAGGAAUGCACAGCGCUACCGGUGCCUACUGGGACGAGAAGAAGGACGGCAUGUGGACCUUCAAGUACGACGGCGGCGAGGGCAAGGGCCUGGACGUUGUUGUCAUGCUCAUCUGGGUCGCCAUUUGA